CGGGGCGGCGGGGCAGCGGCGGGCCGGCCGGCCGGGGAUGUCGAUGCCCGACGCGAUGCCGCUGCCCGGGGUCGGGGAGGAGCUGAAGCAGGCCAAGGAGAUCGAGGACGCCGAGAAGUACUCCUUCAUGGCCACCGUCACCAAGGCGCCCAAGAAGCAAAUCCAGUUUGCCGAUGACAUGCAGGAGUUCACCAAAUUUCCCACCAAGACUGGCCGCAGGUCUCUGUCUCGCUCCAUCUCGCAGUCCUCCACCGACAGCUACAGUUCAGCUGCAUCCUACACAGAUAGCUCUGACGAUGAAGUUUCCCCCCGAGAGAAACAGCAAACUAAUUCCAAGGGCAGCAGCAAUUUCUGUGUGAAGAACAUAAAGCAGGCAGAAUUUGGACGCCGGGAGAUCGAGAUUGCAGAGCAAGACAUGUCUGCUCUGAUUUCACUCAGGAAACGUGCUCAAGGGGAGAAGCCCUUGGCUGGUGCUAAAAUAGUGGGCUGCACACACAUCACAGCCCAGACUGCGGUGUUGAUUGAGACUCUGUGUGCACUGGGGGCUCAGUGCCGCUGGUCUGCUUGCAACAUCUACUCCACUCAGAAUGAAGUAGCUGCCGCUCUGGCUGAGGCCGGAGUUGCAGUGUUUGCUUGGAAGGGCGAGUCGGAAGAUGACUUCUGGUGGUGUAUUGACCGCUGUGUGAACAUGGAUGGGUGGCAAGCCAACAUGAUCCUGGAUGAUGGGGGAGACUUAACCCACUGGGUUUAUAAGAAGUACCCAAACGUGUUUAAGAAGAUCCGAGGCAUUGUGGAAGAGAGCGUGACUGGUGUUCACAGGCUCUAUCAGCUCUCCAAAGCAGGGAAGCUCUGUGUUCCAGCCAUGAACGUCAAUGAUUCUGUUACCAAACAGAAGUUUGAUAACCUAUAUUGCUGCCGAGAAUCCAUUUUGGAUGGCUUGAAGAGGACCACAGAUGUGAUGUUUGGUGGGAAACAAGUGGUGGUGUGUGGCUAUGGUGAGGUGGGAAAGGGUUGCUGUGCUGCUCUCAAAGCCCUCGGAGCCAUCGUCUACAUCACAGAGAUUGACCCCAUAUGUGCGCUGCAGGCCUGCAUGGAUGGGUUCAGGGUGGUAAAGCUAAAUGAAGUUAUCCGGCAAGUGGAUGUCGUAAUAACUUGCACAGGAAAUAAAAACGUAGUAACACGGGAGCACUUGGACCGCAUGAAGAACAGUUGUAUCGUGUGCAAUAUGGGCCACUCCAACACGGAAAUUGAUGUUACUAGCCUCCGCACGCCAGAGCUGACCUGGGAGCGAGUCCGUUCUCAGGUGGACCAUGUCAUCUGGCCGGACGGCAAGCGCGUCGUCCUGCUGGCAGAGGGGCGGCUGCUCAACCUGAGCUGCUCCACUGUUCCCACCUUUGUUCUGUCCAUCACAGCCACCACCCAGGCUUUGGCACUGAUAGAACUCUAUAACGCACCUGAGGGACGGUACAAACAAGAUGUAUACUUGCUUCCUAAGAAAAUGGAUGAAUACGUUGCCAGCUUGCACCUGCCAUCAUUUGAUGCCCACCUGACAGAAUUGACAGAUGACCAAGCAAAAUAUCUGGGACUCAACAAAAAUGGGCCAUUCAAACCCAAUUAUUACAGAUACUAAUGGACCAUAUUACUGAGGACCAGUCUACAUGAACCACGCAACUCUAUAAGAAAUAUUUUUAAAAACAACUUUUAUUUUCUUCUUACUCCUUUCUUUCCUCUUGAUUUGUUUUCCUAUCAUUUCAUCCUUGUUUUUUCCAUCUCACUGUCCAAAUUCUACAGACCACACAGGAACCUGCUUCAUGGCUCUUUAGAUGGAACUGGUUCAAGGUUCCUUACCCUAGUCCUUAAGAAGGAUUUCACUCUCCCAGUCCAGAAAGAUGAUCCAUUCUUUCCUAUUUCUGCGGAUUUCAAUCUUAAUGGGGUACCUUAUUAAGCAGAAACAUAAAGGCACCUUCUGUGUGGAACGACCUGCAGUGUCUACACUUGCCAUAGAAGGGCCCGUUUCUUAGCUGCUAUCAGCGUUCUUCUCUUCGGAGGAGGAGCAGGGAUGGGACCUGCCUUCUAGGUAGGUCAGAUUAGGUGGUGCGCGUUCAUUUCCCCUGGAUGUUCCAAGCCCCGUUUCCUGUGAGAAGGUGAUCUGUCUGGUUCCGAGAUGGGUAAUAGUGUUUCUUAUGAUUCAUUAGGGCUACUUGGACAUAGUACAGCCCUUCCACACUUUCCAGCACACAUUUUCAUUUUUUCAGGUUUUGUGACCAGACCACUCUUACUAGAUUGAAUUUUGAUCCUUAGCAUUUAUUUCUGUUGUACCCAAAAGAAAUUCUUUUUAAGACAGAUUUUAUUGUUGACACUGAGGAACUACUCGGUGAUUGUGAUCAGUUUCUCUUUUGAACCUUUGGAGCUUAGAGUGCGAGGAAGGUCCAGAAAAAUGCUGGGCUCACACUCUGAUCCAGUCUCAUUUCUAGCCCAUAGUUUAUAGCAACCAUCAGCUGGGCCCGCAAGAGCAAGUUCAGUCAGAUCUGCCCCAUAAAGCUUCUGCUGAAGUCAAAUUCCUUGAGCCAUUAUUUGGUGUAAAGCACUGAGCUCGAUCUUUAGGAUUUAUCCUUUAAGUGCAAAUUUCUGAUCAGCUAUGCUUCUGCAAACCUAAAAUAUUUAAAGGAAGAUAGAUGUAAUGGGAAAGAGAAGGCACAAUUGGGCCAGGCUGAGGGUUCGCUAGUUCCAUAGAACUUUUCCGGGACUUAAGUCCCUAUGUUAACAUUUGUCUUAGAGAAGUGGUACUGUUUUGGGGUUUGGGGGGAGGGGGGUUCUUUUUUUUUUCUUUUUCUUUUUUUUUAAAUCACAAAAAGGCUUAUGAACCUAGAUCUGAAAGGCAGUUUGUGCAUAGAGACAGUCCCGGCUGUGGCCUGGCUCUGUUCUGGAGGAAGCCAGAGAGGCUCUCUCACACCUGCGCGCUGUGUUCCUGUGCCACGCACCCUGCUCACCAGCGUUUCCGCAUGGUCUGAUGAGCGCUGAAUACAUAAUCACCCAGGAUCUAAGCACUCAACUUGUUCUAACUUGUGACCCUUCAGCGUUGAGUCAGGCAUUAAUGCCAGGUACUAGAACUUUUUGUUUCUCUCUUACCACUGAGCAGAGAGAGACCUUAGAAGCAGAAAUCCACGAAAGGAAAGCCUUCACCCUGUUAGAUGCCUUGCAGGGGACAACAGUCUUGCCAAAUUUUUUUCCCCUUUCCAGUUCACCCACCCUUGCCAAUGUGACCAUGCUUUCUUCUCUGUAAAUCCUAACAGUUCAAGCCCUUUUCCCAGGGCAUGUAACCAGCCAAUCGGAACACCAUAUACUUGUCGGUGAGGUAACCUGGCCAGCAGUGGUCUCUAUCGGGUCAGCUCUGGCGGAGGGAAGGACCCUGGUCCUGCUGCCCUCUGGCCUGCCUCCUGCUCCCACGUCUACUACUGUGUCCACAGAAGUGAUGGGGUAGGGCUCCAUCUCUGUCAAGCCAUGGAACAAAGGACACUGGGAAGAUAUCUGGCAUCAGAGGAAGCGUGUGCAGAGCAACUUGGGAGGAACAAGUUUAUUUUAUAUUGAAUGAUUUUUAAUGAAUGCAAUAUUAAUCCUUGCAGAUGAGCAAUAAUCAUUAAAGUCAAUUAAAAUGAUAAGA